GUGUUGUUUACGUACUUUUGUCAAAAAUUAUCAAACAAAAUUACAUCGUAUGUGAAACGCGAUCUGUUUCGAAAUUUAUAAAGGCAUUUUUUGAGUAUUUCAAAACAAACACAAUGACUUUGUCUCCAGAUACCAAGGAACGAUUGGGUGUGGUUUUUGAAAUUGUUAAAACCACAUUCCACUGGGGUUUCAUUCCGACUGUGCUGUAUUUGGGAUUCCGGAAAGGAUCAGAAGCAGGAAUGCCUCCACUAUCGGUUAUGAGUUUACUCUGGCAGUAGUCGAUAAUUAAGUUGUGUGAAUAAAACGCUAAGGAAACAGAUUCUUACUGUUGUUGUUGGUUUCCUCCUUAUUCCCAAGGACAACUGUUUCAGAACGAUGCUUCCUACCAGCUCGAUACUGAGAUUAUAGGAUGCAUUAUAGACUUGUUUGCUUGCUGCUGAUCGAUUUCGUAGAUUUUCCUUUAACGCAAGAAGCUGACACCUCAUUAUUGUACCAAAUAAAACGCUAGCAUUCAA